AGAGUCAGAUGACUUGGUGAAGACGAAUCAUCAGUCCUUCCCUCUUUCUUCAAAUUGAAUCUUCUUCUGCAACCCUAGAUCGAUCUCCCUUUCUCUCUACCCAUCGAAUCACCAUGACGAAGCAGCAAGCUAACUGGUCUCCUUAUGACAACAAUGGCGGAACCUGCGUGGCAGUAGCUGGAGCAGAUUACUGUGUAAUUGCAGCAGAUACUCGCAUGUCCACUGGCUACAACAUUCUUACUCGCGAUUACUCCAAGAUCAUUAAACUAGCGGAUAAAUGUGUGAUGGCAUCGUCAGGAUUUCAGGCUGACGUGAGAGCUUUGCAAAAGGUUUUGGCAUCAAGACAUCUGAUCUACCAGCACCAGCACAAUAAGCAAAUGAGCUGUCCAGCUAUGGGCCAGCUUCUUUCGAACACACUAUACUACAAACGUUUCUUCCCCUACUAUUCGUUCAAUGUUCUAGGUGGCCUUGACAAUGAAGGGAAGGGGUGUGUCUUCACCUAUGAUGCUGUGGGAUCAUAUGAGAGGGUUGGCUACAGCUCUCAAGGUUCUGGUUCAACUCUGAUCAUGCCUUUCUUGGACAACCAACUGAAGUCUCCUAGCCCUCUGUUGCUGCCUGCUGUGGAUGCUGUUACUCCACUUUCUGAAUCAGAAGCCAUUGAUUUAGUUAAGACAUGCUUUGCUUCAGCAACAGAAAGGGAUAUAUACACUGGUGACAAACUGGAGAUAGUUGUAUUAAAUGCUGAUGGCAUUCGUAGAGAAGAAAUGGAACUGAGGAAAGACUGAUUUCUUGUGUUUCUUAUCCGAUUAUGAAUGAAUGUACUGAGAUUAAUUUACAUUAUGAUAAGAUUGGGAGUUUAAAUUAAUUUGGUUUGAAAAAGGUGUAAGUGGCUUAGAGGGGUUAUUGGGAUUCAUUGUUAGCUCCAGACUGUGGAGUGUCCUUGAGAAUCUCUCUGCAGGGCUUUCUUCCAAUGUGGAUUUUAUGUACUAUUUGUUAAGCUUUCAUCAAAAAGGAAACCUUUUGGCUCAAAUCUCUGUAGGGCAUUCGUAGAGAAGAAAUGGAACUGAGGAAAGACUGAUUUCUUGUGUUUCUUAUCCGAUUAUGAAUGAAUGUACUGAGAUUAAUUUACAUUAUGAUAAGAUUGGAAGUUUAAACUAAUUUGGUUUGAAAAAGGUGCAAGUGGCUUAGAGGGGUUAUUGGGAUUCAUUGUUAGCUCCAGACUGUGGAGUGUCCUUGAGAAUCUCUCUGCAGGGCUUUCUUCCAAUGUGGAUUUUAUGUACUAUUUGUUAAGCUUUCAUCAAAAAGGAAACCUUUUGGCUCAAAUCUCUGUAGGGCAUUCGUAGAGAAGAAAUGGAACUGAGGAAAGACUGAUUUCUUGUGUUUCUUAUCCGAUUAUGAAUGAAUGUACUGAGAUUAAUUUACAUUAUGAUAAGAUUGGAAGUUUAAACUAAUUUGGUUUGAAAAAGGUGCAAGUGGCUUAGAGGGGUUAUUGGGAUUCAUUGUUAGCUCCAGACUGUGGAGUGUCCUUGAGAAUCUCUCUGCAGGGCUUUCUUCCAAUGUGGAUUUUAUGUACUAUUUGUUAAGCUUUCAUCAAAAAGGAAACCUUUUGGCUCAAA